AUGGUUCAUGUAAUUGUCGGGCUUCAUUGGGUAAAUAUGGAGUCAAACGGUGGUAACGCAGGAGGACCUUGGGGUCGAGCAGAGCUGCAGUCGGAAUCUUGGAAAUCGGGGGGACAAGGCAACUACGAGGCGCGUUCAUUGACACGUCAGACGGCUACAGUUGCGCCACAACACUCUGUUAUCCCUUGGCAAGAUCCAAAAGUCCUUAAUGUUUUAAGCCAAGCCGGCCCGAACCAGUCAACAACUAAUGUUCCAAUAUUCAUGCAACUUCAUGACUGCGGUUUUCACAAGCUUUGCCGCUCGCUGCAGGCUGUUUUAGGGGAGUGGGAGGGAAGAGGAUGUGAGAUGAUGAGUCUUAUUGAAAUCAUUAUAUCUGGCUUUUGGCUGUUAAAAAAAUGCAGCUUCAGUUAUCAGCAGUCAGGACGAGAAGAAAGGUUUAGUCAGCUUGACCAAGAUAUCUCAUUUCAAGGAUACAACGCUAGUUUGCAACCGUCACCAUCAACUACUGGAUUUCCUCAGCAAGAUAUAUCGAUGAGUGGAGAUGAUGGGAGACGUAUUCCUGGACAGCUGAAUGCCGAUACUGCUGUUGCUUCGGUUUACCAGGGAACAGCUGUUGUCCCAUCCAUAUUAUCUGGACAGAAUUUCUCUUCUGGUACGGGACUAGUUGUACCUCAAGUUCUUGCCAAUCCAGUCGCUACAAGUUCCUCUGUUUCUCUUUCUCAGCCAUCUCCAAUUACUGUAAAAGGCUCGUAUCCGUCGUUUGGCAAUCAUAACGCUCCAAUUUUCCCUCCUGUUCCUGUCCGCAGGACUGAGAAGUUAGAAAAUUGUUAUGUGGAGUUAAGUAGAUUACCAACGGAACUUUUACGCCCAUCUGCCCUUGAAAACUUUUUGAGGCCAACAGUACCGCUUACACUGUCAUCUGUAAAAGUGGUUUUUGACCCUAAAGGAUUUCCGUUACAUUCGUUGGUGAAAUUCGAAAAUACAAAAGAUGCAGAAGAUGUGCUUAACAGAGAUGGAGAGCAAGGAAUUCGAAUUCGAGAGUGUAGUAAGGAAGUGUUUGAUGCAGCUGUUGAUGGUUCUGUCCUAAAUCUUGCUAAUAAUUUGUCUUACAAAGGUAAUUUCAAGGAUAUGGAACGAAGCCACGAACAUAGUAGAGAGAACGCCCCUAGCACACGUCCUCCUUUACCCAGAAAUCAUUACUUGACGGUAGGUGUUUCAUCCUAUGAAAGAAGAGACAGUGGUGGUUUACGUCGUGAUGAACGGACACUUCAUCCCGAGCACGAGAAUGAAGAGAGAUUAUCUUUUAGGCCACUUCGCCGUGGCCGGUCUCGUUCCCCACGGGAUUAUCGUGAGCCGAAACGUCGAAGAGAAGAAAUGGGUAGAUACUGUAUUGAACUUACAAAUUUACCAUUUCGCGUUACAGAGUUAGAAAUUCGGCAAUAUUUUGGACCUCUCUGCGAGCCGACGAAGGUGAAUAGAGCUUAUUAUGAAGAUGGAAAACCUUCAGAUCGCUGGGUUAUUGAAUUCCCAAAAAAAGAGCUUUCAGAGAGGGCAUUUCGAUAUAGAGGAAAGGUGCAGGACCGUCUCGUUAGGUCUCGGUGGUAA